AUGGCUUUCAGAAUCACCAGCCAGUUGCGGUCGGCCGGCAAACAAAUCGGUGUCUCUCGUCGCUUUGCGACAUCAACCGCCCAUGACGCCGCCAAACAAACAUAUAACAAGUUCUCAGUAACAGGAGAGUUUGCACCAAUUGCUAUAAUAGGAGGUUUUGUUGCUUUAGCGGUGGUUAUGGCCGGACACAGCCUCAAGCAGCAGAUUGUGCAUAAUCCGUCGGUCAGUACAAGGAAGAACAGAAGAGGGGCUAUGGCAGAAGUCGAUGAUCCGGACAAUUGUGUUUCCUCCGCCGACAAAUUUAUUAACAAGUCCUGGCUUAGGAAACUAGGUCAGAUUCAAGACAAGUCUGGUGCAAUCUUAUCUGAUCCCACCAGACCUAACCCAUUCACCACGUAUGUUCAAUGA